AUGACUGUAAACAUCCUCAAACUCUGUAGUGCUGCCCCUUCAGAACCUUUCACCCCAGCGGAUACAGCCACAUCACUUCCCCAGGCAUCUCCCCUGGUGCUUCUGGCUAUUACUGUUGGUGGUGAUAGUUGCGGCGACGUGGCUAAACGCACCAAGAAGGUCAGAAUCGUGGGUAAAUAUGGGACCCAUUAUGGUGCCUCCCUCAGGAAAAUGGUGAAGGAAAUUGAAAUCAGCCAGCAUUCCAAGUACACUUGCUCCUUCUGUGGCAAAGCCAAGAUGAAGAGACGAGCUGUGGGCAUUUGGCACUGUGGCUCCUGCAUGAAAACAGUAGCUGGUGGUGCCUGGACCUACAACACCAUUUCUGCUGCCACAGUAAAGUCUGCCAUCAGAAGAGUGAAGGAAUUGAAGGACCAGCAGAAGCGCCACCAUUUGAAACACUGCUAG